GUGCGUUGACCGUGACGCUUUUGGGGACUGACCAUAUGUAAUUAUCGAUAGAUCACCGACGUUUCCUAGGACGGAAUGGUACGAUUCCUCAAGCUAGGCGGUAUAUUACUCUUGGCCGAGAGCCCGCUUUGGUUGGCGGCACCGGGGGGUCUGGCAACUGAUGGCGGAAAUCUCGAAAGGCAGUUAAUGCAGAUGUUUCAGUGUCCGCUUCCAAACGCUAUUCUGCCCUCGGCCCCCGCUGAUCCACCAUCCAGGGGUGGAAGAUGUCUUCCAAAGAAAUGGAUCAGAUAUCGGAGUCAUCGACAACCUACGAACAUAAGUGGAGGAGCACUCCCAACUGGAGAAUGAGGAGUCUCUUAUUAUAACCGGCCCAGUCGGCUCAUGGAUGGCAGGAUGGGAUGAAUACAUUGGGGGACUUAUGCGGGAGAAUGUCUUGAAUUUGGCACAUGCGCUGGAGCCCGUCUUCAGAGCAGGGCACACUCUACCGACGGCUAAUGGAUGGAUUGGAUCAAUCAAGG